GGCGCAGGCGCGUUCCGGAGGUUCCAGCCACAGCUCGCAGCGCCAAGAGCCGGGCCAGGCGGGCGCGCGCGCGGUGUGCGGACAGGGCGCGCGCCGGACUCGGGCGGCUCGAGGGGUCGGGCCCGGCGGCCUCGGGAGCCCGACCGGCCGCUGAGCAGCGGGUGCCGCGAUGGCCGAGGGCAGCGCCGUGUCGGACCCUCAGCACGCCGCACGCCUGCUGCGAGCGCUCAGCUCUUUCCGCGAGGAGUCCCGCUUCUGCGACGCGCACCUGGUCCUCGACGGGGAGGAGAUCCCGGUGCAGAAGAACAUCCUGGCGGCGGCCAGCCCGUACAUCAGGACAAAGUUAAACUAUAAUCCUCCAAAAGAUGAUGGAUCCACUUAUAAGAUUGAACUGGAAGGGAUAUCGGUGAUGGUCAUGAGAGAGAUCCUGGAUUACAUCUUCAGUGGGCAGAUCAGGCUGAACGAAGACACAAUCCAGGAUGUUGUGCAGGCAGCAGACCUGCUGCUGCUGACGGACCUGAAGACCCUGUGCUGUGAGUUCUUGGAAGGCUGCAUCGCUGCCGAGAACUGCAUCGGCAUCCGAGACUUUGCCCUGCACUACUGCCUGCACCACGUCCAUUACCUUGCCACGGAGUACCUGGAGACUCACUUCCGGGACGUCAGCAGCACAGAAGAGUUCCUGGAGCUGAGUCCUCAGAAGCUCAAAGAAGUGAUUUCUCUUGAGAAGUUGAAUGUGGGCAAUGAAAGAUACGUGUUUGAAGCAGUGAUUCGGUGGAUAGCCCAUGACACAGAAAUAAGAAAGGUCCACAUGAAGGAUGUCAUGUCAGCACUCUGGGUUUCAGGCUUGGACUCUAGUUAUUUACGGGAACAGAUGCUGAAUGAACCAUUAGUACGAGAAAUUGUCAAAGAGUGCAGCAAUAUUCCGCUCAGCCAGCCGCAGCAGGGAGAGGCAAUGCUGGCCAACUUCAAGCCCCGGGGUUACUCAGAGUGCAUCGUGACUGUGGGCGGGGAGGAAAGAGUUUCCCGGAAACCAACGGCCGCGAUGCGAUGCAUGUGUCCUCUUUAUGACCCUAACAGGCAGCUUUGGAUUGAACUGGCACCUUUGAGCAUGCCGAGAAUUAACCACGGAGUUCUCUCAGCAGAGGGAUUUUUGUUUGUGUUCGGGGGCCAAGAUGAAAAUAAGCAGACCCUGAGCUCAGGAGAAAAGUACGACCCAGACGCAAAUACAUGGACUGCAUUGCCACCUAUGAAUGAGGCAAGACACAACUUUGGAAUUGUGGAGAUUGAUGGGAUGCUGUACAUUCUGGGAGGGGAGGACGGUGAGAAGGAGCUGAUUUCCAUGGAGUGCUACGACAUUUACUCUAAAACCUGGACGAAGCAACCUGAUUUGACCAUGGUUAGGAAGAUUGGCUGCUAUGCAGCUAUGAAAAAGAAAAUCUAUGCCAUGGGUGGAGGAUCAUAUGGAAAACUGUUUGAAUCUGUGGAAUGCUAUGACCCGAGGACCCAGCAGUGGACUGCUAUAUGUCCACUGAAAGAGAGGAGGUUUGGAGCCGUGGCCUGUGGAGUCGCCAUGGAGCUGUACGUGUUUGGGGGAGUCCGAAGUCGUGAGGACAUCCAGGGUGGUGAGAUGGUCACCUGCAAAUCCGAGUUCUACCAUGAUGAGUUUAAAAGGUGGAUCUAUCUUAAUGACCAGAAUUUGUGCAUCCCUGCCAGCUCCUCUUUUGUCUACGGAGCUGUACCCAUAGGAGCCAGUAUCUAUGUUAUCGGAGAUCUUGAUACAGGUACCAACUACGACUAUGUGCGUGAGUUUAAAAGAAGCACGGGGACCUGGCACCACACAAAGCCGCUCCUUCCAUCUGACCUUCGCCGCACAGGGUGCGCGGCCUUACGUAUUGCAAAUUGCAAGCUUUUCCGCCUGCAGCUUCAGCAAGGCUUAUUCCGAAUUCGUGUUCAUUCACCUUGAGGAGGAUGCAGAGCAGAAAGCAAGGUCCUGCCCCGAGCGCACCAUCACAUAGCUGGACGGAAAGGGGAGCAGAGAUGCAGCUAAACUUGCUCUGUGUGCUGGGCUGCGGUAUGGUAACUCCGCGGGGGUCUUAUAGUGCUUAGGAGCUUGAGCUUCUGCUCUUGUUUGGAGACCGUGUCACUGCUGAAAGACUGCCUGGGAGGAAUCAGCUCCUCCGAGGAGGUGUGUCCGUAAACCGUGGAGCUAGUAAAUUAUAUCAAAAGGAAAAGGGAGUGGGAAUUGGUAUGAUGUAAAGUAUCCAAGUUAAAACACUAAGGUACGUUUUCCCUGAAGGGAACUCCUGUCUGACUGCUGUAUUCAGCACGUGGCUUUGGUAAACAAACAGAAAAUCCGUAUAUGCAAAUCAACACAUCCAAAAGCAUACCAAGAUUGCUUUUCUACCGCACUUGGAAGGAUAUAUUAUGCCUAACCCUGUCCAGUGAAUUUGUGCCUAAAAUGUUAGAUUGGACUCAAUGCCAGUUAGUCUCCAUUUAUUACUAGUGCUCUGUCCUAAGAAUCUUUUUAAGACUGUAUUAUGAUGAAUUGAAACUGAGAUAAAAUUUCUCUCUCAUGAUGUUUUGUCUUAGUCGUGUAAAGAUCCAGUAAAUUGAUUAGUCAGGUCACAGCUCUUGUGUGAACUUCAAGGAAGUUGCUAACUUCUCUCAUUUUAGAUAUGUCAUGCCAUAAUUUCUGGGGUAGUACUUUCAGAGUUGUGAAGGAUCUCAUGCAGUGCCAUUCUUCCUUUCCAAUCGAUCAAACCAUUUUAUAACUAUAAGGAUAGGAGAUUUUAUAAAGGAAAGAUCUGAGUCAGAUAAAUAUUAAAGGGUCUGCUAUGACU